GAACGUUGACCCACAUGAUCGAAGCCUUGCUAUGACUUCCACUGCGUUGCCUCUCAAAGUGCCAUCCACUGCUCCCUCAAAGGCAACAGAGAAUGACGCAGAGAAAACACACCUUGCCACCACCAAACCGAAAGGCAACAUCGGUGUGAAUCAUAUAUCGAGCCCUCAUGAACUCACGGCGUUUGUAGAAACAUUAUUGGAACAGUUAGACUCGAAAUUUGAUGAAAUGUCUUCUCAGAUAUUAGAACGAAUGUCGCAAAUGUCGACGAGAGUCGACGCCCUCGAAUCUUCUAUUCAAGACAUCAUCAACGGCGACGUACCUGCGUCACCUACUCCAGGGACCCCUGGUAUCAAGAGAAGCGAUAGCGCUACACCAGCGUCGUGAAUCAGCCUUUUCUACCCUAUUUUAAUCAUAUCUAUGUCCCAUUGUUCCAUCCUGAGCAUUACUGUGAUCCGCUUAUACGAACUUCAAAUGUUCAUCCCUACUGUCGCAGAUUCGUUCACUGUGUUUAGGGCGUUCGUUGGAGGUCGUUUUCUCUAUUGCUCCUCUAGCGAACCCCGUAGCCAUUGAUGACUGACACUGUCGUCUUAUUCUUGGAGCCAAUAUACACGAGUUCACGAGUCAUUGAGUCUGCUUACAGGAAGACUAGAGCCAAAGUG